GGGACUUGCGACAGGACAAAAGUCCCACACGUCAGUUUUGUUUUCGAAGAAAAGAAAAAGCAGUGACAAUAUGGCAGUUUUGCUAUGGCGAUUUCUCUAUGCUCUGUCCAAUUAUUCACUUCACAAAUUCUCGCACAACCGUCACUCCCUUCUUCUUCUCGCUCUGUUUUCCUCAGAAAACGUCGUUUAUCUUGUUCAUCCUCAAAAUACAUGGAACAGCAGAACGAAAACAAGUCGAAAUUCAAGGAAUUUCCUUACGUCUCUGUCCCACAUAGGGAGUUAAUGGUGGAACUUGUAUCGACUGUGGAGAAUCGGCUUGGAACAUCUCUUCUUCCUUGUACUCUGCCUUGUAAUGUGCAGUACUUUGAGAAUUCGACUGCUACUGCUCAUGCUUCUCUCUAUGUCAGAUCUGGCCACUCCUCUUCCCAGGUUGAUUUCAUACUCGGUAGUUGGGUUCAUUGCAACUUGCCCACAGGUGGAGCCUUGAACAUUACAAGCCUCUCCGCCUAUUUGAGACCUUCAACUGAUGCACCAAACUUCUUAAUCGAAGUCAUCCGCAGCAGUCCAACAUCUCUCAUCCUCAUUCUUGAUCUACCUCCACGAAAGGACCUUGUCCAACAUCCUGAUUACCUUAAAACCUUUUACGAGGAAACACAAUUAGACAAACAGAGACAACUUCUCGAGAAGCUACCUGAGGUGAAGCCUUACUUCUCUUCAUCUCUAUAUAUCCGAGCUGUUGUCUCUCCGUCAGCUAUCUUGGUUUCCAUAGAAACUGAAGCUUCUCAGGCAAUUCGCAUUGAUGAGAUUAUUCAGGAUCACAUAAGUCCUGUUGCUAAGGUAAUGUUGGAGACAUGGUUGGAUCUGUGUGCUUGUCCUGAGAGAAAAUUGACAGAGGAUGAAAGUACAGCUUUGGCAAAGAGGGAUAAAAUAUUUAAGAAUAAGACAAUUGAGAUAGAUCUUGAAUCAAGCUUCCCUAGACUUUUUGGUCAAGAAGUAGCAAACAAGGUUUUAGGAGUACUAAGGGAAGUCUACAACGCUUGAAUCUCUUACUUUUGCGGCUGUUGAUUAAUACAGAAAGGUGACUAUUGUAUGUAAUCUUGUUAAUUCUUCAACUUAUAAUACUGGGCUGGCUUACUAUGGCACUUCCUCUAGCUAGACUACUACUCUACUGGGUGCUUGUUACCUCCCAUCAGCACAGUUAACGUUAAAUUCUGUCCACUAAGGUUUAGACAGAUGGGAAGAGUACUUGGGGAUAUCUACAACGGUUGAAUCUCUUACUUCUGCAGCUGUUGAUUAAGAAUAUCUGAACGUGAUAAUUGUAUUAUUCUUUUUAAUAGUUCAAACUGUAAUGCAUUAAUUGAAUGCAAUUGAGUGUAAUUACAGUAAGUCGUCUUCCUCUGUUUGACUCUUAGCUGAUUAAUUCUCAUGCUUUUGUAUCUAUAGCUCUGUCAAUAUCGGGGUGAAACCUGCUUCAUUUUUAA